AUGGCAUUUAAUCCACCUUCAGCUGCCUGGUGGGAAAGAUGUUGCAACGCAUCGGUGAAAACAUUUUUAAACCUACAACAACAGGCAGCAGAAGUAAUGGCAGCAGUUGCCAUUUGGGAAUUGGAAUUGAAUGAUGUUGAGUUAGAGCUUGGAAAUGUUAAUAAACACGGAAAAUUAUGUAUAAAAGAACAGAUUGAUCCUUUGUACAAAUGGAAGAAUUUCACGCCCAAAGUUAUCGUAACUCGUGACAUAGUACAACGACCAUCGGCACUUACCGUUGAUUCCUGGAGAGAUAACAUUAUCAUAGCCUGUCCGGGAUCAGGACGGAUUGUCGUUCUCGACAGGAAGUUCAAACUUGUACGGAAGAUUCGUCAUCAGGAGAUGAUAGCACCUCAAGGAGUAGCCUUCUUGCAGAAACACGAUGAAAUAUAUGUGACAGAUAAAUGGAAGCACUGCAUUUUCGUGUUUAAUCACAAGGGUGAGCUUGUUUAUCGCAUGUGCAAUAAAGGUUACGGAAAGUCAGAGUUGUGUUCACCGGAAGGUAUCACAUUUCAUCCGGAACGCAGUGUGCUUUACGUUGCUGAUACUGGAAACGAUCGUAUCCAGAUUCUUGAGAAGGAUGGCACUUAUUUGGAUAGCAUUGGACCCAAAAAUAAAAACAUAAGAGAUACUGUCAGAUUCCGUAAAACUGGCCCAAGCAAAUUGAAUCAACCGACUGAUGUAGCUGUCACAAUAAUGCAUGUCGUCGUUGCCGAUUCCGGUAAUCACAAAAUAAAGAUAUUCAAUCAUGAUGGAGAAAUUCUUCAGUCGAUUGGUGGCAUCGGAACAACAAAGGGUUUAUUUAGAUCACCUGAAGUACUAAAGAUUGAUGAUAAAGGAUAUAUCAUUGUUGGUGACGCUGGAAAUGGAAGAGUACAAAUUUUCUCUCCAGAAGGUAAAUUUCUACAGGUGUUAGGUGAUAAAAAAACGCAAGGACAUAAAUUUGCAUGGGUAUCUGGUUUGUUAGUGACAAAUAAUUACAAUAUUUUGGUCUCUGAUAGCAAGAAUAAUUUUAUUCAUUUAUUUUAA